AUGCCAUUCCUCACUGAUGGUCCAAGUUCCGGGACGAUCUCCACUUCCCCCGUGAGACCACACGCGAAACCCCUCAAGCGCAUCGGCCGCACACCUCCAGAAUUCUGGUCCAACAGAGAUUGGGUGGAAUCGCGCCGCCAGCGCUUCCUGCGUGAGCAGGCUCUCCAAAGAGCGAGCAAACAAGGACUCUCCGAAGCCAGCGUCAGGAUAGAAUUUCCAGAGGGCAGAUACUGGCCUUACACCCCAAAAUUUGAUCAGGGGUUUGUGGACCAUGUGUUGGAUAAUAGGUGGCGGAGAUAUGUUGACCAGUCUGCAUGUGAGCAGCUUCAGGCCGCUGGGUAUGAAGUGGGAAUCGAUGAGUAUGGUAGGAUAGUAUAUUGGCUGCCUCCGCCUCAUGUGGUUUUUUGGGAGUAA